AUGAUAUCUCUCGGAAAGCUGAGAGCUAACGGCUUAUCCCGCCAACUUUUCAACAGCGUGCAUGAGAAUGGCGUUUAUCCAUUGCAGAUAAGUCGGCCUGCGACGCUCUCUGCCAUCCACAGAGGAGUGCGACGAUCUGAGAGAGUCCAGUUCGGAGAUCAAUACAGAGAUCGGGGCUCCUCAGAUAGGGGCAGAAGCGAUGGGCUGACUAGAAGGGCGCUCGACGGCGCUGCAUCUCCUCGGCAACAGCAAAAGCUACGCAAGAAACUUGGUCGGAAGGCGGCUGAGGAAGAGGACGAGGAGUCUGGAAAAGAGACCAGACGCAAGCGCUUCCUCAACCCAGAGUCCGACUAUGGGAAGAAGAGUCUAGUGUACCAGCUUAAACAUGGAGCAUUCAAAGACCAGGCCGCCGCCCUCGUACAGGAGCCCGUACGUCCACUACCAUAUCAAAGACUAGAAACCAGCCCUCGGCGCAGAACGGAACCUUCUCGGUAUGCGUCAGAGCGCUCGGAAAGGCUCCCAUAUUCUGAUAGGCGUUCUGAUAGACGCUCAGUUGGGCGUUCAACAGGGCGUCCAUCUGAUCGCCCUCGCCCCUUUGAUCGCAGAGAUGACUUCGAUAUGGACGUGGAAACGCCGCAGCCUCGCGAGAGGAGGAAUCAGAUGAUGGCCAUGAAUAUCAAAUACACAACCGCCGCGUCGCAGUUUCUCUAUGGCAAGUCUGUUGUAAAAGCAGCCCUGGAGCAAGGAAGACGGAAGCUAUACAAACUCUUCAUCUACGGAGGCGAGAAUCGAAAGGACUCCAAGGAUAACGCUGUCAUCACGAGAUUGGCGGAGAGACGAGGGGUUCCGAUUACCAUUAUUCCAAAUGAGGACCAGAGAUUAAUGGACAAGAUGAGUAUGGGCCGGCCACACAAUGGAUUCGUUCUAGAAACAUCCCCCCUACCUCGACUGCCUGUGAAAUCCCUAGGGAGGCUCGAGGAAACGUUGGGAAAGCUAGGCUUUCAUGUCGAGUUGGAUCAUCAGUCAAAAGAGGAAGAAGAUAUCAACGGGCAAGAUGCAUUUAUCCCGCGGAAAAACAACAACGCACCAAAGCCCUUUGUUCUACUGCUCAAUGAGAUCCUGGAUCCAGGCAACCUGGGAGGCAUCCUUCGAACGGCGAGUUAUCUCGGUGUCGAUGCAGUGGGCAUCACAAAUCGCAGCUCAUCGACCCUCACUCCGGUUGUGCUCAAAUCCGCGGCUGGUGCUGUGGAGGAAAUCACAAUCUUCAGCGUUGAUUCGCCCGUCAGCUUCAUAGAAGAAUCUCGAAAAGCUGGAUGGAAGACAUAUGCCGCCGUUGCCCCGCCAGACCCCAAACUUGCUCAGAGGCACGGAGACAAGUUCAUCUCAACCGCUACUGUGGAGUCGGAACAGCCGCUGGCGAGUCAUCCCACGAUAUUAGUUCUGGGAAAUGAAGGUCAUGGCCUAUCCAAGCCGAUCAAGGUAGCGGCCGAUUACGAGCUAUCAGUGCCGUACUUUGUUCAAAACAGCUGCGUGGACAGCUUGAACGUCAGUGUUGCUGCUGGCUUGCUGUGUCAUGCCUUUGUGAGAGCCCCAGCUAUUGUAAAGUCGACGGCAGCAAAAAGCGAGAAGGAAGAGACUUUAGCGGAAACCGCAUCGGGUACCGAGAAGAAUGAAAAUCAAGACGAGAAAGAUGCUCUUUUUUAA